GGUCUUUACAUGGAUUUCUCCAACUGCCCUUGCAACAUAAAAAAGAAGAGAAAUGGUGGAAGAAAUGUCUAGCCAGGAAAUGAUAAGUAGAAAUGAAACUUUUACUUCAGUGACAGUUUUCACAUCCUGUCUAUUAGGAGAAUGGACAAAUACCGCUGAUCUCCUGAUUCUUCGUAUGGCUGUACAUUUGACAAUGUUCAUAGUGGUCUUUAUAAUUAGUGUCCCCAUUAUUCUAACUGGUGUUUGCUAUACUUGUGCAUUUAUAGUACUAAUAUAUCAAAAAGUUAACAAACUAAACAAUGAUUAUUCUAGUACAUCGUGGGACAAGGCCAGACUAGUUAUUGCUCACAUCCUCAAUGGACUUGGAAGAAUACUGCAUGGAUAUGAGAUUCACGGUACAGAAAACAUACCACAAGGGCCAGCUCUCAUUGUUUACUACCAUGGAGCGAUCCCUAUUGAUUACUCAUUUUUCUUAGCUAAUCGACUUGUUUUGCACAGGCAAUGCUGUUAUUCUGUAGUGGAUCACUUUCUCUUUAUGGCACCAGGUUUAAAAACAUUGUUAAAGAUAAUGAAUUUCACAACAGGUUCAAGAGAGGAAUGUCUGAAAAUUCUCAAAAAUGGCAAUUUAUUAGGUAUUUCACCAGGAGGAGUUCGAGAAGCUUUGUUUAGUGACAACAACUACAGACUUCUAUGGGGAAAUCGUACAGGCUUUGCUCAGCUAGCUAUUGAUGCCAAAGUGGCCAUCAUUCCAGUGUUUACAGAAAAUAUUCGUGAUGGGUAUAGGACACUUGGAGAUAUAUGGCCACUGAGAUGUCUGUAUGAGCACACUCGAUUACCACUUGUUCCUGUUUAUGGAUUUUUUCCUGUCAAGUUUCGCACACAUAUAGGAGAGCCCAUAGCUUAUGAUCCAAACACAACUUCUGAUGAACUAGCUCAGAAGACAAAAAUUGCAAUAGAAGCUCUAAUACGCAGACAUCAAAAACCUCCUGGAAACUUAAUAAGAGCUAUAUUGGAUAGAUUUGAUAAGCAACAGAAAUCAGACUAAGGUAAAAAAAAUCAGGAAAACACUGGAGGCUCUGAAUCAAUGCCUGAAGUCAGUGAUAAGGACUAAUGAAGACUAAUGGACUGCACUAACAAGUUUAAACAGCGCUGGUCAGAAAUAUGAAUCUGAUGGGAAUUGACUGUGUUAGUCUGGAUAUAUCACUUCAAACAGUGAGGCAGUUCACUCAUGUAGAUAAGAGCAACUGAGUGAUAAAUCCGACCUCUGGUUUGGUUUGAAUAAAAUCAACCUGUAAUUCAGUCUGAUAAAGAUUUUUCUUUAGUAUCUCAUAUUAGAGACAGGUCUUCUACUAUUAGAUUUGUCUCUAAUAGUCUUCCACCAUGACAGUCCUUCAGCUCAGGUAAGAAACACACAUCACACGGCAAACAUGAAAGAUGCUGAUGGGGCUGAGGUGAGGGAAGAAGUAGCAAAGCUUAUUGUUUUCCCAGAGUCCCUGACUCCCGCCAAAAACAGAACACCAAAGGGAAACUGACUGAGAGAAAGAACAGCCUUGCUUGUGUUUUUUUCUCAGUGGAAAGGGCUGCAAAGUCACAACUGACUUAUGGCGACCCCACAGAAUUUUCAAGACUUGAGUCAUUCAGAAAUGGUCUGCCAUUGCUGUUGCCACCCUGAUAUUCCUUGGAGGCCUAUCCAAAUACUAGCCAAG